CCGUCCACAACAAAGCGAAUGACCAACAAGUCCAGGUGACACAACCCGAGCUAAACGACCAUUCCUGAUCGACGCGAUCCGUGUGCGGAGACAGACUGCCGAAAUCCUCGAACAGCUCUUGCAUACGCGGUACGAAUCGUGCUGCAGGACAGACUGUUCAUACACGGUGUGUGCAAUUGUGCCGUUGUCUGGAUCCUCAGAAUACCUCAGUCGAUCGCAAUUUGGAGAUGCCACCGGCGAGCUCCUCUUUCACGGCCCUCAACGUACCUAGCGAUGUUGUACCGGAGUACAUGGGAUCGUUUACGCUUGCCGCACCUCCAAAUUCGGAUCUGUGGAGAAAGCCGCCUUCCCGAGACACAUCGACGGCACCCGUACUCUACACAGCAUUGCGCAAUCCAUUCAUUGCAGCUGAGGUCACUGUCUCUGCCGACUGGGAGCUAGAGUGGGAUCAAGGAGGCCUUGUCAUCUUCGCAGGAACACCGCCAGGGCAAACAAUACCGAUCGUAUCACCGCGAGAAGCUCCCAGUGUGGUCUCCAUAACUCUCAAUGAUAGUACAUCUGCCUCACCUUCAGUUUCAACUACGCAUCACAGACGAAGGAGCUCCAACUCGCGGAUACCGGUUCCAGAGUCAGACCACCAGCGCCCUCGAUCCCGUAGCCCUCCGCCAGCGUAUGUUGCGCCCGCUCCGGCGUCGAAGUGGGUCAAAGUCGGUCUCGAAUUCUGCAAUGGUGCAUGCAACGCAACAUCUGUAGUCGCCAACUCAGAGGGCGCCGACUGGGCUCUGACGUCUCUACCUGCACAUCACGCUCGACGCCUGGAUUUGAGAGUCAAGAUUGAAAGGAUUGGCUAUGCUUUGUGGGUUUGGUAUGAAGAUGAAAUGCUAGGUUGGAAGAAGUUGAGGGAAGUGACAUGGUUCUUCUGGGGUGUGGAGGAUAAGGCUAUACGAGUUGGGGUAUAUGCUAGUCGGCCCGCGAAUUUCGGAGUUACCAUGUUUGAUAGUAGGAAUGGCGGCUCAAAUAUUGGCAUGAGAAAUCUGUGUGUGGAUUUCGAGGGGCUGGAGAUCUUCUGACAAGGAAGAGUUGGCAGCGCUGAACUUGUGAGUCGAUAGCCAGCGACUCCCAGCGGUGGGUUGAGGUCUCAUGUUUGUGUAUAUUUGCUUGCAAUUUCGGUUUUCCCCAUUGUGUUUAUUUGGUAUCCAGUAGUCUUCGUAUAGUCGGAAGACUGGUGUUUCCAAGCUUGUCAUAACUGCAACAGUAC